GAUGAGGAUCUGUCCACCGUGGCCAUCAGAGACGAUACAAACGCUGUCCCGACGUCUACUCCCACUCUCUCGCUAUAUGGUGCGAAGUGGCUUCUUCUCAUUCGGGAAUCCUCUAGCAUUCCUGCUCCUAACAGCGCUUAAAUGCUCUCUCAAUUUCUGCCUGAAUGUCUGUGCUGGUCUUUGUUGUGAAAGGGUUUGCUAAAUGAGAUAUCGUAGAAAACACUAAGUUUGAGGGCCAAUCUCAUAGUGGGAAAUUGUCAUUUGGUUGUAUGCUCCAUGAAUUUACCAUGUAUUAAAGGCGGUAGAACCUCAUCAGAAAGCAUUGGCCAUAGCAGUCUCUGAGAUAGAAGUCAGUACUGUACUGUUUGUUGAUGCAUCUACUUUUAGAAAGCAUCACAUGGAUGCAUUUCAUUAUUUGUCUUGAGAAGAUGUUGGUUCUUUAUGCAUCAUUCAAGUGUAAUUGAGUUAUUUUUACUCUUGGUUUGCCUGUCCACUCUAUAGAAGGACGCUUUCUUUGCUCGUAUGAGACGAGCGCACCAGGAACAAGUGAAGAAGCUGGAUGAUGAGAUCUGGGCAAUCCUCUCCAACUUUCCAGCCGGCUCUCCUCCCUUCCCUCCCUCCUCUUCCUCUGAGAGGAAGGUCCCCAGCGCCUCGUUUCGGGCCGGGUCUCAUACCCCCCUGAGGCCCCCCUCUCCCCCUUCCUCCCUCUCUGGUAUCUCCUCCCUGGUACGGCCUACUAGUCCUCAGACAGCCUCCCCAGGUCACUCUCCUCGACAGAAGACUCAACAGCGGGGGACCAAGAACAUAGUGGGUCCUCCUAGUGCUCCCAGUGGCCCCGGGCCUGCAGGGGCCUCCAGCCAGGUAGACAUGAUGACAGGCUGGCUGACUGACGGACGGACGGACAGACUGACUGAUUGGCUAGCUGACUGAUUGGCUGGCUAAAUGAUGAACAGACGGACAGACAGACAACCAGACUGUUUGACUGCAUGACCCUGCUCUUGACAAACACAAGCAGAGGAAACUGCCUCCCUCCAUGUGAUAACAUACAGUGUACUGUAGCCAGGAAGGUUAAUCAACAACCGAUCAGGUUGAUCAUAAAGUCAUCCAUUCACAAAUCACAAGAGUGAAUAUUUCACAGGUUUAUCCUGUACAGUUUUCCUUAGUAUUGUCAAAGUGUUCGCCGCCUGGGUCUUUUUCAAAAGAACAAGAAAGAGAAGAUAGGGCUGAAAAGGGCAGUAUGUGCAUAAAUUCCAUGACUAAGCAGGGUGGCAUUUUCCUCUUUAAAGCACAGUACACAAUUACUGUUAAAGUCGUACUCUGUAGUUCUUCACUUAAAGAGGAGCACUGGAUAUGUAAUCUAUAAUUAUACUGUAUAAGGGUCUAAACAUGUCACACAGUCACCUUUACAAGCUGUGAUUUUCACAUUAUACACACUGGAAGCUGUUGUUUUAGUUGCCAGUUAACGCAUGGUGUGAGUGUCACUUUGUCACCAAGUAGUAGUUAACUAGUAGGGGACCAAAAUGUAAACCCUUUCUCUGCUCUCCUCUCUACUGUGCUUGCGA